UUCAAAAUCAUGAAGGUGGUUUUCAAGCUUGUCCUGAAUAUAAUACUAACUUUCCUAACGAAUGUUCUUCAAUUCCAACUAAAAUUAAAGAAAUAAUUACAAGUGAUAUAUAUGCCAAAUUGUUAGUUAUUUAUAAAAAAUUAAAAUCAAGUGAAUUUGAAGAUUUUGAUUAUGGGUUAAUUGAUCAUACAAAAGAUAUAGUUAAUUUCUGUGCAAAAGAAUUUGAUGAACCUAUAUAUUAUUUAGCAUUUUUCUUGAAUUCAAAAUUUCAGAAAAUUGCAAUAUCAAAAAAAUUAACCUUUGAUGAUAUUGUAGUUUAUGCAUUAACAUUCGCACAAAUUACUUCAACAUUAAAAAUGAUUUCGCAAAUUAAACUUGUAUUAUCUGCAAAAGUUUUUAAAAAAUGCUUAGAUAAAAAAUUAUUAACUAGAAAUGAACAAGAUAACAAUUAUUUGGAUGAUUAUAAUACUUUAUUUUCUUUGGAUUUGAUAGAUUUAAUUAAUGAUGAAGAUAAUGAGUUGGAGUUUAAUAACAUUCAAGAAAUUUACUUAGAAUCUGUGCAAAAUAAUUCAGAAUUAUUUAUAGAAAAGUUUAUUAAUUUUAAUAUAAUUGACGAAUUGGUUUUAACAUCAGACAACAUAAAAGAAAAUUUAGAAUUCGUCUUACAGAUGAGAAUAACAGGAAUACCACCACAAAAAGGUUUACACUUAUUCGACAUUGAAUUAACCAAAAUAGUCAGAAUUUAC